AUGCCCGCAGUCGACUGCGCCCCCACGCCCAACGCCACGUGCUCUCGCGGCUGCCUCGUGUGGGCGGGCACCGCUCGCACGCUCGCGGACGCGCCCCAGGUCUUCCGGCGCGCGCGCGACACGGGCGCCAUCCUCGGCCGGGAUGGUUCGCAGCGCACGCUGACCCUCGCAGCGAGCCAGAGCUCGCGUGGGCUGCUGAGCGUGACGGCGCAGGCCGACGGCUCGGCUCGGAUCAAGCAGGCGUCGUGGCGGCCGCUGCUGCGGGCUCCGUCGGGAAAGCCGUCCUUUUCAUUUGCGGUGCCUCGUGGCGCGAGCCUCUUCCCAGCCCGCGACCCGCUGGCGGUCGGGCGGCGGUUCGCGACGUGCGCCGUCGUCGGCAGCUCCGGCGCAGUGCUCUCUCCUCGCCCGCCCUGUGGCCGCGCGAUCGAUCAGCACGAGGCUGUCUUCCGGAUCAACACUGCGCCGGUGCGCGGGUUUUGA